UGCCCUGCCCCAAUACCCCCGAUUUGCCAUCCUAGACCCCACCCCUCUCUUUCUCUCUGAAAAUUGGAGAACCCUAAUCCCCAAACGGCCAAACUCUUCUCCUCCGAACUUCAAACGCAGCCUGUACCCACCAUUUCUCUUCGAAGUCAUCGUCACUCUUCUCCUUUGCACAGAUGGUGGGUGCGGUGCCACGUGUGGAAGGCUGGAAGCUCUGUUCGGUGGAAGUUCGAACGCAGCCCGCAACCGCCAUCCCUCUUCUCAUCCUUCCUCAUUUCGCCGCCGUCGUAGGAAGGUCUCCUACUCUCCUCUCCUCUCAUCGUUCUAGGUCAUCGUCUCCUCUGUUCGAGCUCUCUCUCUCUGUCUUUGCUGGUAGUUCCCACUCCUCCGUCGCCGUCACUACCUUUCCUCCCUCACCGCCAUGGAUAGAGUAAGUUUCUAAAUCCAAUAAGAAAGCAGUUAAUAAAGCAUUGUUAGGUGCAAAAGAAGCUAUGCUUGGGAUUAGAUGAGGCUGCAGGUGUUCCUGUAAGUUCUUUUCAUUGAUUUUACACUUAUAUUAUGCUUCUUCUGUCUGAAUGAUGUUGAUUAUAAAUGGUAUCUGCUGCUAGUAACUACUGUUUCUUUGCAGUUCAUACAGAUUGAACUAGAAUCACAAACAAAACUUUUGGAUGCUACACUGAACUUGGAAGGAGUGUUGUUGGCUAGAGUUCCAAUAGCAUGAGGAUUUGAUGUUGUCUUUGCUGUUACUUUAGGAGAUUCAAGCAGCAAUGUGAAAAAAAAUAUGGAGCUUACUCAAUGUUAUUUAAUAUUUGAAAUUAUUGAAUUUAAUUAUUUGAAAUUGUAUAUUAAAUUUUUAAUAAUUUUAUUUAAUAUUUAAUUAAACCGGUUGAACCCCGGUUGAACCCUGGUCAAACCAGUGAAUUAUUGAACCAGUGACCUACCGGUUUAUUGACCGAUCCGGUUCUCGCAACCUUGAUUUAAACUACAUAUAUAAGUCUCUUAUUACUAUUCCUUCAC